CUUCCGGCGGCAGCGGCGCGAGGCCGGAAGGCGGCGCCGGGCCGCUCUAGCCGGCGAGGUCGCGGGCUCUAUGGCGGCGGUGGAGGGGGAAGCGCGUAAAGGCGGGGACGCGGCCCGGGGUCGCUGAGGCCGGGCUGAGGGCCCCCGACGCGGGAGCGGCGGCGGCUGUCGGGAGCAUCUGCGGGCCCGCAGGGAUGGACGAGGAGAGUCUGGAGGCGGCCCUGCGGGCCUACCGCGCGCAGCUGCGGCAGGUGGAGCAGGCGCUGGGCGCCGGCCGGAGCUCCUCGGAGCAGGAGGACCUUCUCCAGCUGCGCGGCGACCUGCGGGAGCUGAUUGGGCUCACUGAGGCCAGCCUGCGGGCCGCGCGCAGGAGCCGGCUGCUGGCCGCGCCGGGCUCGGGAGAGGCCGAGGGCGCAGGGGCGCCGGCGCCCGCGGGUGGAGGCCUGGCGGAGGAAGCGGUGGAGGGCGGCGGCGGCGACGACGACGACAGCGACGACGACGACGAGGGGCAGCUGAGCGGGACCAAGGUGAACGCCCCCUACUACAGCUCGUGGGGCACUCUCGAGUACCACAACGCCAUGGUGGUGGGCGCCGCCGAGGCGCAGGACGGGUCGGCGGGCGUCCGCGUGCUCUACCUGUACCCCACGCACAGGUCCCUGAAGCCCUGCCCGUUCUUCCUUGAGGGCAGGUGCCGCUUCAAGGAGAGCUGCAGGUUCUCCCAUGGGCAGGUGGUCUCUGUGGAUGAGCUACGCCCCUUCCAAGACCCAGACCUGAGCUCCCUGCAGGCUGGCUCUGCAUGUCUGGCCAAGCACCAGGAUGGCCUCUGGCACCCAGCGCGGAUCACUGAUGUGGACAGCGGCUACUACACAGUCAAGUUUGACUCGCUGCUGCUGAAGGAGGCCGUGGUAGAGGGGGACAGCAUCCUGCCACCCCUGCGUACAGAGGCUGCAGAGUCCUCCGACUCAGACAGUAGUGAUACGGGUGAUGCCAGCUAUGCCCGAGUGGUGGAAUCAGGCACUGUGGACACCAAUACCUGCAGCUCUGCCUUCGCUGGCUGGGAGGUUCACACUCGGGGCAUCGGCUCCAGACUCCUCGCCAAGAUGGGCUAUGAGUUUGGCAAGGGUCUGGGCCGGCAUGCAGAAGGCCGGGUGGAGCCCAUUCAUGCCGUGGUGCUGCCACGAGGAAAGUCACUGGACCAGUGCGCGGAGAUUCUGCAGAAGAGAGCCAGGGGCAGCAAGGCUGGCGCCAGCAGGACCCCAAAGUGCUUGGGAAAAGGGCACAGGCCUGGGGGCCGCCUGCCCCCUAAGAACAUGUUUGACUUCCUGAAUGAGAAGCUGCAAGGCCAGACUCCUAGGGCCCUGGAGGCUGGGGUGGCUGCCCCAGGGAGGAGGGGCAAGGACAUGUACCAUGCCAGCAAGAGUGCCAGGCGGGCCCUGAGCCUGCAGCUCCUUCAGACCGGGCAGAAAAUCGAGCAGACCCAGCGGGACAUCCGCAACAUCCAGGAGGCCCUUGCCCGCAAUGCUGGCCGGCACAGUGUGGCAGCAGCUCAGCUGGAGGAGAAGCUGGCGGGAGCCCAGCGGCAGCUGGGGCAGCUCCAGGCUCAGGAGGCAGGCCUGCAGCAGGAGCAGAGGAAGGCGGACACCCACAAGAAGAUGACUGAGUUCUAGAGUCCCCAUGCACACCGUGGACGGGGUCCUGGGACCCCAGCUGCCCUUGGGAAGACCAGCUGCUGCCCUGAACCUAGGGCGCCACCUAAAGAGGGGCCAGCCACUCCCAGGCUAGCCCCCUCAGCCUUUGUGCUGGCCUGGGGCGUGUGCACACAGCUGAGUGGACAUGGGGCUGCAGGGUCACUUCCAGACACUUUCUUACCCACCAAGUCCACUUGCCCGUGUCUGGGGCAUCUCCUCAGCAAGGACAUUAAAAUGAUUUCGUCGCAGUGUCAUUCCAUGGA